CCACCGGCAGCGCCUGUCCGCCCAGCGCCUGGGCCAGUUGGUUGGCGUGGCUGAGGCGAGCGGCGCUGCUGCCCGUCCGUCCCUCCCUCCCCGCGGCCUUCCUCUCGCCUUCAGGCCUCCCCUGCUGCCGCCAUGGCCAUGAGGCAGACCCCGCUGACCUGCUCCGGCCACACGCGGCCCGUGGUGGACUUGGCCUUCAGCGGCAUCACCCCCUUCGGCUACUUCCUCAUCAGCGCCUGCAAGGAUGGAAAGCCUAUGCUGCGCCAGGGAGACACAGGAGAUUGGAUUGGGACAUUCCUCGGUCAUAAAGGCGCUGUCUGGGGUGCUACUUUGAAUCAGGAUGCCACGAAAGCAGCUACGGCAGCUGCAGAUUUCACAGCCAAAGUAUGGGAUGGCAUUUCAGGAGACGAGCUGAUCACUUUGGCUCACAAGCACAUUGUCAAAUCUGUGGACUUCAGUCAGGACAGCAAUUACCUGUUGACAGGGGGACAAGACAAGAUACUGCGUAUCUAUGACUUAAGCAAACCAGAGGCAGAACCUCAAGUGGUCCCUGGCCACACGUCUGGUAUUAAGAAGGCUCUGUGGAGCAGUGACGACAGACAGAUCCUUUCAGCCGAUGAUAAAACUGUCAGGCUCUGGGACCGAAGUACGUUGACAGAAGUGAAGGCCAUCAACGUUGCCAUGUCUGUGAGCAGCAUGGAGUAUGUCCCAGAAGGGGAGAUACUGGUGAUUACUUAUGGAAGGACCAUCGCCUUUCACAGUGCAGAAACCCUGGAGCAGAUUAAGUCAUUUGAAGCGCCUGCAACAAUUAAUUCUGCAUCACUGCACCCUGAGAAAGAAUGUCUAGUUGCAGGCGGCGAAGACUUCAAACUUUAUAAGUACGAUUAUAAUACCGGAGAAGAGCUAGAAUCUUACAAGGGGCACUUUGGGCCCAUUCACUGUGUCAGAUUUAGCCCAGAUGGAGAGCUGUACGCUAGUGGCUCUGAGGAUGGAACACUAAGAUUGUGGCAGACGACAGUAGGCAAGACAUAUGGUCUCUGGAAAUGUGUGAUUCCUGAAGAGGAAGGUGGAGAGCUGGUGAAACCAAAGGUCAGCCUUCCAGGGACUGCAGAAGAAGAACUAGAAGACCUUGGCUCCGAAAAUCCAGAUUCCAUCUACAGUUCGACCCCUGAAGUUAAGGCUUGAGCUUCACAGCUGUCAACUGCAACACACGGACAUUUUGAGACAAAAAUCAAGAAAGCAGCAGUAUGCAGCGGCCUCCCAGGGUGCACACUGUACCUAAGGCACAGAUGGGCAGUCAUUGACGAGAAUGCAUAGGAACUGAUCGUCUUUAAAGAGCAGGGAGAGUGGUGCAAGUCAAACAGCGUUGGGUUUUGCCAUCUUCCGGCACCACUGCCUGUUGCCUUUUCUGAAUGUAAAACAGCGGCAGAGAUCCAGUUCCUCCAACUUCAGUUAACUCAUUCUAGCGUUUAUUAUUAAGAAGUGUAACAGCUUCUAGUAGAGUGUGUGCUCUGAAACGGGGAAGUGUCGGCAGAAGAUGGGUUGUAUUGGUUAAAAAAACAUUAAUUUGGGGUUUCGUUUUGGGUUCUGUUUGUUGUACAUUGCUUCUGCUUUCAACAGCCUAAAUAAAAUGCCUCUGUCGCAGCCACCCAGGAUCCCACGGAGGCUUAUGCAAGGGAGAUGCUAGACCAUCUGUUUUCAAACAAUACAGUGUUGAGCGUUUGAGCUGUUAUUUAAGAGGAGGGAGCUAAGAGUGGCUCGUGGUUUUGCACGGUGGUUGCGUGCCCUGCUGUUCUGAGGCUUGUAUUUUUUUUUCUUUUCAGUAAACUUUUCUAUUCAAAAGUAUCCCUCGAAAAAUAACGUGGAAGAUGCAUGUACGAUAACUGCCGUGAUUAAACAUAAUACCCUGUUG